CUCUGGCUGUUGGGCGCGCCCCGCGCUCUCCCGCACUCGACACGUGAUACGCCGCCGGGGGUGGUUCAGGUUCUUCUUCCUCUCCUCUCUCUUUACUUCAAUCAGGGACCGUACACGACUGAGAGUUCUCUGACGAGCGCAGUAGCUCUCGCCUAAUCCCAAUCCUCGAACCGCUAUGGAGGCCGGGAGCCGACCGCGUCUACCCCUCCUUCCUUUCUUUGCGGUCCUGCAGACCUGUUUGGCAUGUCUCCUCGCUCUGCAACCACGCAAGCCCAGUCGCGUUGCGGGCUCGAUAGGAUUGGUGGCCUUCAUCGCGGCCGCAUACUGCUGUACCACAGGAGAAGCCCCCCGAGACUAUUCAAUAGGCAAUCUCAUCAUGAUCCAGGCGUUCACAGCAGUCCUACUCCUCUGGCUCGUCGACCCAGUGCAUGAUUAUUGUCAUGAGAGCGAUGGCAAUGCCCUUGCGAAGCUCCCCUUCGUCCGCCGAAUGUGGCGGCUGCUCUGCAUCAUCAACAAUCCGCGAGGAGUCGGUUGGUCAUACGAGGUCGCGCACCUCCCUCCGCGACCCAGCAGUCCGAAAUGGACCUUCGUUGUGCACAAACUCGCGUGCGCACUCCGGUGGUACCUUUUCCUUGACCUAGCGCAGACCUACAACCGGUCAUCUCUACGACUCCUGCACGAUUCGGCGGUAGGGCCGCAGGCUUGGCUCAUACGUCCCAUUUCCAUCAUCGCGCGCUUCAGCAGCCUCGUCGGGCUACUAGCGCUGGAGAACUCACUGGCCGCUGCAACAUCCGUCGCCCUGGGGAUGUCGUUGCCGCGAGAAUGGCCAGACAUUUAUGGCCGCUGGUCGGACGCCUACACGGUCCGGAGAUUCUGGGGGCGCACGUACCAUCAACUCCUGCGUCGGCUCACGGCGUCUUGCGGUAAAGCGUGCUGCCAUGCGCUAGGCCUUCGCCCGGGCACCCGCGCAUCUUCUUACACACAGCUCUACAUCGGCUUCGCUGUCUCCGGUUUCCUGCAUUGCGGCGGAGACCUCAUGGUCAGCCCCUACCUAUUCGGCACGUCCUUCCCGUUCUUCAUGUCACAGGCUGUGGCAAUCACCUUGGAGGAUGCGGUCAUCGGUGCCGUGCGGACGAGCGGAAUGAAGGUUCCAAUACGUGUCGCCCAUCUCGCGGGAUAUCUGUGGGCGAUCACCUGGCUGUGUAUAUCAGCACCACUAUACGUCAACUGGAGCCUACUGAUUAGCCUCACGGUUCCGAGUGUCACGACGGCGUUUGCGGGAACUGUGGCCAUCGCCUUGAAGAGUCUGGGUUUAGUGAACUGAUACUUAUUAUGUAGGCAUAGAAGUAGACAGCAUGACUUGAUAAGGACUUGUAGGGGCCCAUGCAACGAAUCCGAGGGUAGACUGUCUCUUGAGCAACGCGGACUUGAAAGAACUCCUCCUUUGA